AUGUCGUCAGCUUUAGCUCACCCUCCUGCUACUGCAUUCCCUGAGCCCUCGAGAUCAGAACUUACAAGUUUUCGAGAAGGCCAUCAACGGUAUACUGGGCACGUCAAGAGUUGGCAGUCAUUGAUCAAGGAGGGCAGAUCUGGAACCUAUUUCUCAAGUGGUUUGCUCACACCACCGGAGAAUAGGGCUAUGACUGGGGUUAGCCUCAACCAGCACAACUCGAACACUGUGGCAUCUCAGAACUAUUACCCAUCGAAAUUCCCCUACUCUAGCUAUCCUUCUGGUAGAGGUGCGGAAGUCAGACAUCAUCACAAUGCUGACAGCUACGACCGCCACAAUCGACCAACAGAGGAUCAACAGAAGCUCUGGUCAACAACCCAGGAAAGAGAGGAUCGGCAAGCGCCGAAGGAGACUUCAACCUCGGACUCGACUAUUGCGUCGUAUUUACAGAUUCCGUCUUCCAUCAACGACAGCAGAGGGAGUUUGGCAGAGUUUGCAGCAGAGAUAACGUGUCUCUUCUGGUUCGAGUCAGCUAGCACACUGCAGCGUGCAGAUGGUGUUUCACUCCUCAACGGCAGUAUUGUGAAGCCGCUGGCUCCAGACGCAAUGCCAACAAUGGGUUUCCUGAAAUGGGUGACGACGAUCUUGACCACCACUCAAGUCACGCAGAAUGUCAUCCUUCUGGCUCUGCUCUUCAUCUAUCGACUCAAAAACUUCAAUCCCGGGGUUAGUGGAAAAAAGGGCAGUGAAUAUCGUUUGCUCACGAUUGCCCUGAUGCUUGGCAAUAAGUUCCUGGACGACAAUACCUACACCAACAAAACCUGGGCCGAAGUAUCUGGCAUCUCGGUAUCCGAGAUCCACAUUAUGGAGGUGGAAUUCUUGAGCAAUAUGAGGUACAAUCUGUAUGUGUCCGAGGAAGAAUGGAAGAGGUGGCAUGUUAAGCUUGCGCGGUUCUCGACAUACUUCAACAAGGCUUCCAAAGCUCCUCCAGUUGAGGUUGCUAAGCCCGCAGCACCCGUCACACCGACCGCCCAAACCUCUCCAUAUAAGUUGCCUUCGCCGCCUUCGCCGGCUCGCCAUGGGCCGCCAAUGCAGAUGUACCUCCCAUCCCUACCCAACCCAAUGGCAAUGGCACCACAUCUGUCUCAUUCACCCGCUCGACAUUAUAUUGGGUCAGAGGAUUUCCAUGGUAGUCGAAAACGAAGCCUCGAGAUCUCUACGGACAUGCCAGCAGCAAAGCGGCUUAUGUCAACCACACCUUCCAGCCAUUCUCCUGCCGUUCACUCCCCGGGGUCUCUGAGUGCCUAUACAUCAAACUCGAAUGCCUCGAGCAGCACUUUGGCAGACAUUGCACUUAAUAGAUCGCCAAUCGCUAAGCUACCGAUGCCAAAUCUUCCGUCAACUUCUACGCAAAGACAACGACAACAUCCAACCCUUUCAGUCGCCCCAGCACGAUCGAUGUCCAUGGUAUAUCCAAAUGCUCAGAAUAACUGGUCCCAGCCAGUGACGCCUGUCGGAACAAUGCCACCCAACAGCAUGAAUCUAUAUGCUAACCCCAUACCUGCUUUGGGUGAAUUGACAAGAAGUCAAUACGCCUCUGCGAACGCGUCACCGAGUACAGCAGGAUAUGGCAGCGUAACCCCAACUCGUCAGCUAUCACCUUCAUAUUUUCUAACCAAUCGCAACUCACCCUACCGUCCGGUGCGGAGCGUCAACACUCUUCUGAUUCCGCCGCCAUCUGCAUCACUUCAUAAUCCUACCCGAAACAUUGGUCUGGACCAAAUGCGUUACCAACCUCUUGGGAAAGCUGAUACGAGAGCCGGUGUCGUGCCGUAUAUGCAUCACGACGCCUGGCCGCAACCCUGGAGUACAGCAUCGGGCAUGCCUUCUCAGUACGCCUUUCAUGCUUGA